CUGGCAUGUGCGCGGUGUUUCCGAAAAUAAAUUCGCACGAACGUGAAAAUUCAUUGAGGUACGCCUUCGAUUUCUGAAUUGGGUUCGGAUUGAACUUUUGGAAUCGUUGAUCAGCCUGCCCGAUGACCGUCAGCCGUCCCAGAAGGGGAAGUGUUAAUGUGCCUUCCUAGUCACGUCCAGCAGCCUCUAGUAAGGCCCCAAGGCAGUUAGUUACGUCCACUACUCGACUCCAACAACAACAAUGGACUUCGACAACCCCUCGUACUUCUCGAUGGGCAACGGGGAGAGCGCCAGCAGCGCCUCCGAGUGCUCCCUCACGAGACAGCUGACGCCGCCGAGAGCCAAGAACGUCUGUCGCGACAAGAAGAGUUACCUGCGUUCGGUCAGCAGCAACUCGGCCGAUUCGAAUCAGGAGUUGCUGAUCAUGGGAGAGCCCAGGCUGAGCGACAUAGCUCCCGAUCUGGCCUUCAAGCAUCCCGCGAGCAGGUCCAACUCGCUGAAGAGCAACAGGGCGGACAUCGUCGGCGAUCUGAGCUACAUCCCCUUGGCCACCAGCGAGGAGCAGGCCGAUAGUCUCUCCGGAGACGAGGUGUUCAUCACGGAAGAGAGCGCAAGGUAUUACAACCUUCCGGCUGCCAAACGCAACGGCCACAGGAGGCACUCCAUUGGCACUUUCGUAGCUAGAGAUAGGACGUACAGCACGGCAUCGUCCUCGAGGAGCUUCAAAGAGGACUUCCCUCCGCAGGAGAAAGAGGGCGCCGCAAAAAACAUCGAUAUCGACGAUCACUCCCUCAGGCACGCAUCCUAUCCCAGAAAAAGGUGCACCAGGUGUACCAGGGGCGCUUCAUCAAAAAUGGCUAACAUGGACGACAUACUGAUCGUCUCGCUGAAAUGUAGCGACGCAGCCGCAUUGUGGGUAGAAUAUUUCUCCAACUAUUUCCAAGAGAUCAGCAAGCAAGCCAACCGGAAGCCCUUCAAGAUACAGUACUUGGACCUGGAAGAAGCCAUAAAGAAAUCCCCGGAAGAAUACAAGGAGGUGGCGGAUAAAACGUCCGGAGUCAAACUGCAGCUGGUAGUAGUUUGUCCCAGUUUCCUCGAAUUCAUUUCCGAAAAUCCAGAAGAAUCGUGUAACGUUGGAAAGCUUCUGUUGGCGGAUAGGACUCUAGCUCUCCUGCUGGGCGUUGCAGAUACCGACUUGAAUGAUGUUCACAAAAAAGUAUUGCCGACGUAUUUUCAGUGGCAGAGGCAAUGCGUAGGCCAAGACCAAGACGAGAACUUCACCAAGGAGUUCUUGGGACAGGCCAUGACGAUUCUGUCGAGAGUGUGGAAGCAGCAAAGUUCUGUUAUUGCACAGGAGAAGUCGUGUUUUUCCGUUACACCAAAGAAAAUUCGGCAGGGCCAGAACAGCGUGUUCAUCCUGCUCACCUAUCCUCUGCAGAAGGAGGACAUCGUCAAAAUAUCCGUGGAGAAGAACGGCGAACUGUACGAGAUCAAAUCGGUGAAGAGGCGCAACCCUUACAUCAUGAAGAUCACCGUCCCGGAAACGCUGACGGAGGUCACCGCCAUCGUCAACGUGCUGGUGGAGAAGAACGGCAGCAUCAUCGGCAGCCGGCCCAUCAAGUGUGAAAGCCGAUUGAGGGAGCUCGAGCAGAUUUUACGCUCCGCUAACAAUCCUGUGGAAUUCAUGUGCCAGACUUUGGGCUUCAGCCCCGCAAACAGGGACCACUUAGACAACUGGUUAGUUCAUGGAUUUCAAAGGAACCUACCCCCACAUUUCAACCUAUUAGCUAACCACCAUACCCCUUUCGCAGCCGCGGUACAAGCGCACAAACAUAGUCAUGAGGAAUUCCCCACUGUACUCCACUUCUCAACAAAAUUCGGUCUGGAAAAGCUAACCAUGCAACUAUUAGAUUGUCCUGGGGCUGAUGUAGCCUAUGAAAUAAGAAACAUCUACGAUAUGACGCCCUUGGAAAUAGCCGAGGCUAAUGGGUUCACAGAACUAGCCACUAUGCUCAGAGGAUACAUUAAUAUGAACGAAUUUACCAGCAUGUACGCAAAGUUGAAAGAGAUGAGCUUGACCCCAAAGUCUGAUGUUGAUGAUGAAGGCUACUUAAUGCCAAAAAACGUCCAAGACUUCUACAAAUUAUGCCCAGCGCCAAGACCCGUAAUACCCGAAAGUAACCACAUUGAGACUCCUUCGAGUGAGUGUGCAUCACCGUUGGGAGGUUAUAUGGCGAUGAAUACACCAGUAUAUAUACCAAAAGAAGAACCCAAAGAAAGCUCAAAAAAAUCCACAAUCGACGACCAAGAGCCCAUACCCCCAACUGAGAACCUGGAACCCGUGCCAAAAAACCACAAACACAAGAAGAAAAUAGACGUUAUAGAAGAUAAAGUACAAAAAGAAUUGGUGGAGAUCAUCAAUGAUUUUAAAAAUAAUGUACACUCCAUCUCCCAAGUAGAAAAACUAGUUGAAGAAUGGAAGAACCGCAACGAUGUACAGAAAUCGUUCAAAGAGAAACAGGAACAGCUGAUGGAGAUGAGGGUGCGCUAUGAACAAAUCCAAACUGAACUAAAGACUGCCAUGAAAAAACCCACACCGUUCGAGAGAAUCAAAAAGAUGUUCUGGAAAAACAGGCAUGACAAGCAAGAGGUGGCAACACCCAUCUUGAAUGCUGGUAUGCCUAGUAUAACAAUUGUACAGUCUCAAAGGCCAAUCAGUAGUCUGAGCACUUCCAGCUCUGGAUCUUCUGGGAGAAUGAGCACCAUCAGCGGAUGUAGUCUGGGGGACAGUGGAACGCAUUCAGAUAACGAAGAUCGGAAGAUGAUGCUAGGAAGCCACUGCGAAGAUGAUUUCAGAAGUGACCUGAACAAAGCAGUACUGGAGCUCAACUACACACCUGUACCUGCGCCUAAACCCGUGAAGAUGUUCCCCACAAGGCACACUUUUGAAACGAUAGAGGAAAAACCAGUUACAAGGCCUGACAAUUUACCACUGAACGAGGAAUAUUAUAUUCAGUUUCCUCCAUCUGGUCUGCCUGUACAAGGAACUGAAAAAUCAGAACAAGAUCAAAUGUCUACGAGUGAAUACAUGAAUGUGACAGCUAGUACAAGUACACACGAAUAUAUGAACUUUAAAGUUCCACUGUCAAGAUAAUUCAUUGUAUUAUAAUAAUAAUAUAAUAAUAAAUGUUUAGUAUUAAAAAUAUAUUUAUGUAAUUAUUUAUUUAUUACU